AUGAAGAGGCUAUCAAUUGCUCCACCUUCAUCGAGAAGAAAAUCAGCAUUACUAUCACUGGAAGAUUAUAAUGCAAGAAAAGUUUUAGAACAAUUAGAUCAAGAUACAACAUUAGUUUUACAAGAAAUUGAUAAAAAUAUAUCAAGAGCAAAUGCAAUUAUUAAUGAUAAAUUGAAACCUAUAUUACAAGAUUAUGGAGCAGAAAGUUUGAAAGUUUGGAAUAAUACUAGCUUUUGGAAAAGAUUUUUUGAACAAUCUGCAAAUGUUGAAUUAAAUAGUUAUGAAACUCCCAUUGAUGAAGUACAAUCUAAUUUAUUGUCAGAACAAGAUGAAGAAGAAGUAAUUAUUGAUAUACAACAACCAAGAACAACAACUUUAUUAAAUUCAAAAAGAACUAAUUUAAGACAUAUAACUGAAGAAGAUACUGCAACUUGGUCAACAGAACAGAAAAAUCCAAGUAGUAAACAAAUGUCUUCUUCAACUCCUCAAAGAAACACGAGAUCACUAUAUUCACCUCAAAGAUCAACAAGAUAUGCUUCUUCAUCAUUACCACCAGCAAAAAGUUCAAAAUUGUCAGAAAAUGUUAAUUUACAACCACCUUCAUCAGCUAUAAAUUCAAGACUAUCGCCAUCUUCAUCAAGACGUUCACCACAAAGAGUAUCAACUAUACGUCAAUCGUUAGAUGCUUAUCAUAGAAUUAGUAUAUCACCUAAAAAAAUCAAAACUCCGAUUACAGCAAGACGAACAUCUAUAAUUCAAAAUAUUUUAAAUUCUUCACCAACCUUACCAUCAGUUCCUAUAUUAAAAUCAGACAUUAUUGAACAAACAACAUCUCCACAUCAGAGUCAAGAUCAAAAUCAGAUCCAACUACAGAAAUUCCCAAACACACAAAGAUAUAGCUCAACUCCACAACGAAUACCACAAGAAGAUGAUUAUCAAUUACAACCACCUCAUUUACAACAACAUAUACCUCAACAAAAUAGUGAUUCCAGUGAUGAACCUUUACCAGAACUAAGCACUUCCAUUGUAAUGACUAGCAGUGGUGGUAAAAAACGAAGUAGAGAAGAAGACAAUGUAUUUUUGGAUAAGGAACACAGUAAUCAUUCAAAGUCGUUAUCUGAAAUAUUUACAGAAAGUAUAAAUAAACUUCGCAAUAGGGGAAAAACUGAAGAAAUGACUAUUGGUUUAGAGCUCGAUCAUACAGAGGAAAAUGAAGAAAUUAGAGAAGAAAAUGUAGAAGUCUCAGACAGUUUAGGUCCGUUCAAAAAUAGGUGGGAAAAGUUAUCAAAUUUAGAUAAUUAA